AUGCCAAGGUUCGGUGGUCCUACCACCAUGUUUCGUUUACCAAGUGUCCAAUUACCCUCGCAAGAUGUCAAAGUAUGUUUUGUCGGUAUUCCGUUAGAUAUUGGAACAUCGAAUAGGCCAGGAACUCGUUAUGGUCCACGAUCGAUACGAGCGGAAUCGUGUUUAAUUCGUCCAUAUAAUAUGGCUACACGCGCUGCACCCUUCGACUCAUUUCAAGUCGCUGAUGCGGGUGAUGUACCAAUAAAUACAUUUAAUCUUCAAAAAUCGGUCGAUAUAGUUACAAACUAUUAUGAUGAACGGAUAUUUAAACACGGUAUUAUUCCUUUAACGUUGGGUGGAGAUCAUACUCUUGUGCUACCGAUACUGCGUGCUGUUCGAAAACACUAUGGACCUAUAGGUCUGAUUCAUGUCGAUGCUCAUUCUGAUAUUAAUGAUACAAUGUUUGGUGAGAAACUAGCUCAUGGUACACCAUUUCGUAGAGCUGUUGAAGAAGGUUUGCUCGACUGUGAACGUGUCGUACAAAUAGGUCUACGUGGUACAGGCUAUGCUGCUGAUGAUUUCGACUGGGCGCGUAAACAAGGAUUUCGUGUUGUACAGGCAGAAGAAUGUUGGCACCGGUCAUUAACAACACCAUUAAUGACGGAAGUGCGUGAUCAAAUGAAAGAUGGACCGGUUUAUUUAAGUUUUGACAUUGACUCGUUGGACCCUUCGUAUGCUCAAGGCACCGGUACACCAGAAAUUGGUGGUUUAACAACAAUUCAAGCUUUAGAAAUUAUUCGGGGUUUAAAAGGUUUAAAAGUAAUCGGAUGUGAUCUUGUGGAAGUAUCCCCAAUGUAUGAUACAUCCGGAAAUACGGCGUUACUAGCUGCAAAUCUACUGUUUGAAAUGCUAUGUAUACUACCAGGCGUAAAAUAUCGAACAAAUAAUGUUAAAAUGCCUUGUUAG